GUGUUUGUGUGAGUUGGUCUCCGCAGUCGUUCUCGUUCCUCGUCGUUAGAGUCUCGGAGCAGUUUGACGUCCAGCGACGUGAAGAACGAUGAACGUGGUUCCUCUCGUGUGUCUCUUUCUCCUGACUCGGUCCGGGACAACGUCUGCUGCUGGACACGGAGUCAUCAAAGUGGAACAAGACAGUGAUGUUAUCUUACCUUGUUCCCUCGACUCCAAGGAGAACAUCGUAGCAGCUCUCUUUGACUGGAAGAAAGUAGCUCAGAGAGAUCAAGGUCAGAAGGAGGUUUUCCUUUAUGAUGCAGGUAUUCAUUACAACAACGGCCGUGAUGGUCAGAGUCCAGAGUUCAGAGGACGAGUCUCACAUUUUCCAGAUCAACUGAAUCACGGCAACGCCUCCAUAAUCAUCAGGAACAUGAAGGUGAUGGACACUGGGAACUACACCUGUAAUCUUCCACGUCUUCAGCCACCUCAAACGUUCUCCGUUGAGCUUGUUGUUGGUGAGUGUUGUAAUAAAACAGGUCAGCAGUCUAGAGAUGAAAUCUGCUGUGAACACUCGUUGUACGAGCAGAUUGUUUCUUCCAUACUCCGACCUGAACGCGUCCAGGACUGACACCAAGCAGUCACAUCUGUGAACGUUUAUCAGUUUAGAUGGAAAAACUAAAUCUGUUCAA